AUGGCACCUCUGUUUGACGAAGAGAACACUGAGGAUGACACAUGUCACUCUGCCGAUGUCCACAUUGAGUUCCUCAAAUCUGUCCUAAAGGACGUUAAGAUAUUUAAGAACACUAGCAAUAUUAGUGUGAAGUUAGUCGGCUGUGCGAGCCACCGUCUCAAUCUGUCGCUGGGGAUGUACUUAGACGACUACGAAGGCAUCCUGUCCAAGAUCAAUAGUUUGAUGAAGGAUCUCAAGAAGCUGAACAACGCGGCAAGGUUGAGGUACUGA